CAUUCACACACAAAACAUCAUGAAGACGGACGUGGCAUUUUUCGUAUUUAUUUGCCUUUUUACACUUAAUGUAAAACCGAGCGACCAGUUGCCACAAGCUGCCGCUGCCGAAUCGGUGCCUCCCAAUCCUGCUGCACCCGUGCCACCCGCUGGGGAACAGAAACCUGCAGCAGCACAGCCACCGAAACCAGCACCAGUGCCCGUUCAGCAGCAGAAACCAGCGGCAACACAACCAGUGCCAGCUCAACAGCAGAAACCAGCCGCAACACAACCACCGAAACCAGCAGCAGUGCCAGCUCAACAACAGAAACCAGCGGCAGAACAGCCACCAAAACCAGCAGCAGUGCCAGCUCAACAGCAGAAACCAGCGCCAGCACAGCCACCGAAACCAACAGCAGUGCCAGCUCAACAGCAGAAACCAGCAGCAGUACCUGUGCAGAAACAGAAACCAGCAGCAGUACCCGUGCAGCAACAGAAACCAGCAGCAGUACCCGUGCAGCAACAGAAACCAGCAGCAGUACCCGUGCAGCAACAGAAACCAGCAGCAGUGCCCGUGCAGCAACAGAAACCAGCAGCAGUACCCGUGCAGCAACAGAAACCAGCAGCAGUGCCCGCGCAGCAACAGAAACCAGCAGCAGUACCCGUGCAGCAACAGAAACCAGCAGCAGUACCCGUUCAACAAGUAAAACCAGCGGCACCAGCACAAGCGCUGACUCCUCCUGUUCAGAAACAGGCAGCAGCGGCCCCUGCUCCAGCUCCGAAACCAGCAGCACCAGCAGAGCCACCGAAACCAGCAGCAGUGCCUGUUCAGCAACAAAAACCAGCAGCACCAGAGCAGCCUCCGAAAGAAGCUGCUCAAGCCGAACAAAAGAAACCGGCGCCGGCUGCUGCUGAACUACCAACACAAGCGGCCACCCCUGAGAAAAAGCCGGCCGCAGCAACCAAACCAGCAGUAAAAGAGGAAGUAAAAAAGCCAGAGCCGGUUGCAGAAAAGCCUGCAGUCGAAAAGAAAGCAGCAGAACCAGUGAAAGAAGUGCCAGUCGCAGCAAAGCCAGCUGCAGCCCCAGAAAAGAAGGCAGCAGAACCCAAGGAACAGAAAACCACAGACGGAAAGAAAAAGCCAGCUAAACCUACAGAGGAGAAAACGGACAGUUCGCCUCUUUCCUUUUUCAAAAGAGUGAAAGCUUGGAUUGUAAAAGUCCUUGGACUGGGUAAAGGCGGGAGGACGAAAAGUGGAGAGUUGUAAAAGAGAUAUUGCUCAAUUAACAUCUUUCAUUCUGGUCAGUCUCUGAGUUCUUCAACCAAUGAAUAGCUUUGUCCCUGUGUUUGGUCAAGGUUGGAAACGUGCCGAUGUGUGUUUCUAAACCUCACUAGUGAUUCGAAUGUCAGGACAACAACAGCGUCGUUCUUGUCAAAACAGCAUCUAAUGGAACAGCUGACUGAGCUAUCCUAUAGCCGGCUCUACCAAGUCCGUGUUGCGACCGCCACUUCUGACGUUGUUCUUCUGACACCACUACUGAGGUGAUUUCGACGCCCCCUGAGCGGUUUAAUAGUGACGGAGUUAUGAUUGCCGGGCGUAACUUGUGUCUGAUUUUGGCAUGAUAUGUGUAUUGGGGUAUGAUUGUGACGAUAAGUAGUCGUCACUGGACGCAUCACCUCCGCCCCGCUUCGUGCAUUACCAAGGUAUCCAGGACAAUAGGUGGAGGUGGGGGGGGGGGGGGGGGGGGAGUAAUUCAGUGAUUCAGUGACAAUUACAAUUAAGUGACUUCAAGUGGUGAAUGGUUUUGAUGUACUCAUAUUCUGAGGCAACAGAGACUGUUAUCAGGGACGUAAUAUUGAACGCUAAUUACUUCAAGCUAAUUAACGUGUAACUUAAUCUGACCUUGGAGUAAUUAGUUCUCAAUAUUCCGUCCAUGAUCUCACCUAUCUGGCUGCAUCCUGAGAAACAUUAACCCCUGAUUUCCCAGGAGGAUCUGGCUGCUGCCUAUAGUCUGUCUUUAAUAGUCGGGGUUA